UGCGUAAGGAAUCCGAGAAAUACCUCAAAAUAUGAAGCUCCUUUUAAUCAGUGCGUUAGCGGUGGUGUGCUUGGCGGAGCCUCCGGUGGACAAUAGAUACCUGCCACCACAGUCGGGGGGCGGAGCACCCUCGGCGUUAUACGGAGCUCCCGGAGCUCAAGGCUUUCAGAGACAGACUGAUGCUGUGUUCAGAAGCCGUGGUCCAUCUCGCGCUGGUGGUCGCCGUCCUUCAACCCAGUAUGGAGCCCCACAAUCAGGUCAAGGCCAAUUCAGCGCCCCAUCUACCCAAUACGGGGCUCCUGGACAAGGAAGCCAACCAUCGUCGCAGUAUGGCGCUCCAUCAGCUCAAUUCGGAUCUCCUUCGAGCCAGUAUGGUGCACCGUCUUCUCAAUUUGGAUCUCCCUCUACCCAAUAUGGCGCCCCGUCUGCUCAAUUUGGUGCCCCCUCUUCUCAGUACGGUGCCCCAUCAGCUAAUGCUCCUUCUCAGCAAUAUGGAGCUCCUGGAUUCGGUGGAGCUGGUGGUCACUCCCAGGGCGGUUCCUUCGGUGGUCAAUCCUUCAGAGGACAGGAACAGAGCCGUCAGUACUUGCCCCCUGGCUCUGGUGCUAACGGAUACGGUGCUGAUGAUGGCAGCAAUGGGGAACCUGCCAACUAUAACUUCGAAUACAUGGUGAAGGAUGAUCAGUCCGGUAAUGACUUUGGACACAGGGAAUCCAGACAGGGAGACAGGGCUGAGGGCUUGUACUACGUGCUCCUUCCUGAUGGCAGGAAACAGACCGUUCAAUACGAGGCUGACCAGGAUGGCUACAAACCCAAGAUCUCCUACGAAGACACCGGUCUUGGUCAGGGAGGCUACGACAGAAAUAGCCAAUCAGGCUACAAUGGCAACGGCAACGGCUACCAAGGCCAAGGAGGCCCAUACUAAACGGCUAUUACCAACGAAAAGAG